UAUUAUCCUCGAUCGGCUCUGAUCUCUGUCAAGGAAAGGCAAGUUGAGCUACUAGCUUCAUCAAUAUAGUGUGCUAGCUAUACUCCGGCCAUUUCAUAUAUAGCCUGCCACGGGCGCACAGCUAGCGUGCAUGUGUGGCGUACGUAAUUGAUAAAAGAUGUCGAGAGAUUUAGAUGAAGAUGGUCCGGCCAUAAUAUCAUAUACUGGUAGCAGGAGGAGUUUGGCUUCCGGGAGCUGGCAAUCCGGCAGCAGGCUCCGGCAGAACGACGUAGUGUUCGGACGGAGCUCGCGGCGGGAGGAGGAGGAGGAGUACGAGCUCGUGUGGGCUGCCAUUGAAAGGCUGCCGACGUUUGAAAGGAUGAGGAAAGGAAUGCUGACGAAGCAUGCGGCGGCAGUAGUGGGCGGUCACGGUAGAGUUGUUGCGGAGGAAGUGGACGUCACCAAGCUUCGUAAGCAAGAGAGGGAAGUGCUAUUGGAGAGCAUUCUCAAUGGGGUUGACGGAGAUCAUCACGAUCUUCUUAUCAGAUUUAGGGAAAGGAUUGAUCGAGUAGGAAUCGAUAUGCCGAAGAUUGAAGUGAGGUUUGAACAUUUGUCAGUUGUGGGUGAGGCUCUUGUUGGGCGUAGAGCAUUACGUACUUUAGCAAAUUCCACCAUGAAUGCAAUUGAGAAUGCUUUAAGGAUGGCUUACAUUUCCCCUUCCAAAAGAAGACGCGUUCAAAUACUCAAAGAUGUGAGUGGCAUAGUAAAACCAUCAAGGUAGCUCAGUUGGUCUAGUGGUGGGAGAUUUGGAACAAUGGAUCAAGGUUCGAAUCCCCGCAGCGACCCGGUGGAGGUCACAGAACCUGAAAUAAGGAUGGACCUCUGAUGCGCACGGGUGUAUGGACCUACUGCCAUUCUGCUGAUUGAGUCACCGUGACUAAUCUCCCCACCAUCCUGUCGGAUCUGAGCAUUUGUACAAAAGGAUCAGCCGCCAGCCAUGCGUGGUCCCACCUGUCAACUAUCACCAGGAACCUGCAGCACCUUUGUGCGGUCACCAAGCAUGCAUGGUGUGGGGUCUUCGGUGAAACAAAUGGCCAACAUUUUAAAGCUUGCUAAAAUUAAAAACAAAAUGUAAAAAAAAAUAUUGUGUAAAAAUUUAUUUUUUUGCAUCGAAAUGUUUGACUUUUUAAAUCAUAAAUAUUAAUAAAAAAAAGUGUCAUAUAAUUGAUGUGUGAUAAUAAAAGUAAGGAUUUAUACAUUUAUUUAAAAAAAUUGUGGUGAGUGAAUAUAUUGACGGUGCUGAGUUGCAGAAAAAAAAUGAUUGACUGAAUGAAUACAUAUGAAAUGGUGAUAAAUUUGAUUUAUUGACGGGAAGGGGUUGUGGGCGACCUAACAUUGCGGACCACUUUAUCCUCUCCAUCUGCCGUCUGCAUCACCAUUAGUUUUUGCUUCCGUUUUAGCUUCUGGCCUUGUGUGGCACCGUAGAUUUGUGGUGAUAGUACUUUAUAGUUUCUUAAGAGAAAACAAUUUUUAUGUAGUCAUACUCCCUUUACUAUCUAUUUCGCCUUCUCCCGGCCUAUUCCCUCUGCGGCUCUGCGCACAGCAGCUCUCCGAUUCAUUCCCUUUUUUAUUUUGUUUUCCCUUUUCUUUUUUUGUUGUCAAUACACCUUUCAAAUUUAAAACGUUUCAUUCCUUUCCCCAUUUUUACUACCCUUCUUAACCCACCAAUGUAUGAAAUUAGGAGUUUAAAAAUGUCAUUUUUAACAUUUUGAACUCCAAAUACCUCACUAUUCAGACUAGUCUUAUAUGUAGUAAUGUUUUUACUCAGAUUGUUUUCAGUCCAAGAUCAGAUCAGACCAGACCUGAACAUAUUAGUUACAGAGUAUAAAAUAUAUACAGAGACCAGACGUUUACCAGAUCAGAUCAAAUCAGACUAGAACAACAAAUUUCAGUCCAAUUUUGCAUUCACAAUUUUGCAUUUUGCUGAUUAUGUGAGUAUGCUCAGGAUGACAUUGCUAUUAGGCCCCCCUGGUUCGGGGAAAACUACAUUGCUUAGAACACUUGCUGGGAUGCUUGACGAUGAUUUCAAGAAGAGCGGGAAAGUUACAUACUGCGGGCAUGAGUUUGAUGAAUUUGUGCCUCGGAAGACAUGCGCUUAUAUUAGUCAGCACGAUCUUCACCACGGAGAGAUGACAGUGAGGGAAACAUUGGAUUUCUCGGGGCGCUGUUUGGGGGUUGGAUCAAUAUAUCAGCUUCUGGCAGAAUUGUCUAGACGCGAGAGAGCAGCGGGAAUCAAACCAGAGCCUCAGCUUGACGCGUUCUUGAAGUCCAUUUCAGUACCUGGUCAACACACCAGCUUGGCCACUGAUUACAUCAUCAAGAUUCUAGGAUUGGAAGGCUGCGCCGACAUCAUAGUUGGCGAUGACAUGAGGCGUGGUAUAUCUGGCGGGCAGAAGAAACGUUUAACCACAGGAGAAAUGUUGGUUGGACCUGCAAAAGUUCUUCUGAUGGACGAAAUAUCAACUGGAUUAGACAGUUCCACAACGUUUCAGAUUGUAAAAUACAUGAGGCAGUUGGUGCGCGUCAUGGAUGUAACGAUGAUCAUAUCUCUACUACAGCCUGCCCCCGAGACAUACAAUCUCUUUGACAACAUAAUAUUGCUCUCAGAAGGCCAGAUAGUGUAUCAAGGUCCAAAAGAAAACAUUCUUGAGUUCUUUGAGGAUAAGGGAUUCAGAUGUCCCGAACGGAAGGGAACUGCUGAUUUUCUCCAAGAAGUGACUUCCAAGAAGGAUCAAGAGCAAUAUUGGUUCAGAAAAGACCAGCCAUACAUAUAUGUAUCAAUUUCUGAAUUUGUAGAGGCUUUCAGUUCAUUCGGGGUUGGAAAAGAGCUAGGUGAUGAGCUUAGCAUUCCUUAUGAUAAGUCGAAAACCCAUCCCGCCGCAUUGGUGCAAAGGAAUUACGGCAUCUCCAACCUGGAAUUACUGAAGGCGUGCUUCUCUAGGGAGUGGUUGCUAAUGAAGCGCAAUUCUUUUCUGUACAUUUUCAAAACUACUCAGAUAACGGUCAUGUCCAUCUGUGCCUUCACUGCUUUCUUGAGAGUGGAUAUGCCAUAUGGGAGAUUACAAGACGGUGGGAAGUUUUGUGGGGCUCUUUUCUUCAGUCUGAUCAACGUGAUGUUUAAUGGGAUGGCUGAGAUUGCAAUGACGGUUAUGAGGCUUCCCGUUUUCUUUAAGCAAAGGGAUCAUUUGUUCUAUCCGGCUUGGGCUUUCGUCCUACCGAUUUGGCUCUUUAGGAUACCCAUCUCGUUUAUUGAAUCAGGAAUAUGGGUUGUUCUUACAUAUUACACAAUAGGAUUUGCCCCUUCUGCCGGAAGAUUCUUUCGCCAGUUUUUGACAUUAUUUGGUACACAUCAGAUGGCACUCUCUCUAUUCCGAUUCAUUGCAGCUCUUGGGAGAACAGAUGUUGUUGCUAGCACAUUUGGUACAUUUACCUUGCUAUUAGUGUUCGUGCUUGGAGGCUUCAUAGUUGCUAAGGAUGACAUUAAGCCUUGGAUGAAAUGGGGUUAUUAUGUUUCUCCUAUGACUUAUGUGCAAAAUGCAUUAGCUGCAAAUGAAUUCCUUCACGAAAGAUGGGGUGCUCCAAACACAGAUCCCAGAAUUGAUGAACCUACUAUUGGGAGAGCGAUUCUCAAGGAAAGGAAUUUCGUUACUGAUGACUACUGGUUCUGGAUUUGCAACGGAGCCCUCUGGGGAUUUUCCCUUCUCUUCAACGCUCUAUUUAUUGCAGCAUUGUCUUUCUUAAACCCUUUCAGCGAGUCAAAGGUUUCACUUUCUGAUGAAGAUGUAGAAGAUAAGGGAAAAGAGUCAUGUCAAGGUACGACUUCACAAGACAAACCCCCGGCUAUAGCAAACCAGUCAUCUAGGAAAGGAAUGGUUCUUCCUUUUGAGCAUUUGUCACUUUCCUUCAGCCACAUCAACUACUAUGUGGAUAUGCCCUCUCAAAUGAAGACUGAAGGAAUGAAGGAGGAUCGUCUCCAGCUCCUUUGUGAUAUUAGUGGUGCUUUCAGACCUGGUGUCUUGACAGCUCUUGUAGGGGUCACUGGUGCUGGAAAGACAACCUUAAUGGAUGUCUUGGCGGGGCGAAAAACCAGUGGGUAUGUUGAAGGUAGCAUCAGCAUUUCUGGAUACCCGAAGAAACAAUCAACUUUUGCCCGAGUUAGUGGUUACUGUGAACAAAAUGAUAUCCACUCCCCCAAUCUGACCGUCUACGAAUCUGUCCUUUAUUCUGCUUGGUUGCGCCUUUCUGCCGAUGUACUCAAGAAUACACGAGAGAUGUUUGUAGAAGAAGUAAUGAGAUUGGUUGAGCUUAAUCCUAUAAGAAAUUCCUUAGUUGGGCUUCCUGGAGUUGAUGGGCUUUCAACUGAACAAAGAAAACGGUUGACCAUAGCUGUGGAGUUAGUUGCUAAUCCAUCCAUAAUAUUCAUGGAUGAACCAACAUCGGGUCUUGAUGCCAGAGCUGCUGCUAUUGUUAUGCGGACCAUAAGGAACACGGUUGACACCGGGAGAACAGUUGUGUGCACAAUUCACCAACCAAGUAUAGACAUCUUUGAGUCUUUUGAUGAACUAUUGUUGAUUAGGAAAGGAGGGGAGGUGAUCUAUGCAGGGCCUCUUGGCUUUAACUCUCAGAAAAUGAUUGAUUAUUUUGAGGCUGUACCAGGUGUUCCUAAGAUCAAGGAUGGAUAUAAUCCAGCUACAUGGAUGUUGGAUAUCAGCACUGAUGCUGUAGAGGCCCAACUUGGAGUUGAUUUUGCAGAUAUCUAUGCCAACUCUUCACUUUACGAGAAGAAUCAAGAACUCGUAAAAGAACUAAAUGUCCCACCUCCUGAUUCCAAGGACCUUCACUUCCCCACAAAGUACUCCCAAUCAUAUGGUGAACAAUGCAAAGCUUGUUUCUGGAAACAACAUUGGUCUUACUGGAGAAACCCACAGUACAACGCUAUCCGGUUAUUCAUAACAAUAUUUACUGGCAUUUUCCUUGGACUUGCUUUUUGGGAUAAAGGGAACAAAUUCCAAAAGCAACAGGAUUUGCAGAAUAUUAUGGGAGCUAUCUUUUCUGCUAUAAUUUUCAUUGGAGCUACAAACACAACGUCAGUGUUAGCCAUUGUUGGUGUGGAGAGAGCAGUUUACUAUCGGGAACGUGCAGCUGGGAUGUAUUCAGCUUUGCCCUAUGCAUUUGCUCAGGGUGGUAUAGAAGCAAUAUAUGUGGCUGUACAGACCAUUUUUUACUGUCUUCUGAUAUACCCAAUGAUUGGAUUCGAGUGGAAUGUUGGAAAGCUUCUAUGGUUCUACUAUUUUCUAUAUAUGUGUUUCUUGUACUUCACACUGUUUGGAAUGAUGCUUGUAGCAUUGACACCUGGCAUCCAGUUUGCUGCCAUUGUGAUGGCUUUCUUCCUCACUUUUUGGAACCUCUUCUCUGGCUUCCUUAUUCCCAGAACACAAAUUCCGAUAUGGUGGAGAUGGUACUAUUGGGCCUCACCAAUUUCAUGGACAUUUUACGGGAUAGCAACGUCUCAAUUAGGGGAUAAAGACGAUCUGAUUGAGAUUCCUGGAGCUACUACUGUGACUUUGAAACAGAUUCUUAAAUUUUACUUGGGUUUUGAUUAUGAAUUUCUUCCUGUUGUUGGUCUAGCCCAUGUUGGUUGGGUUUUCCUCUUUUUCUUUGUCUUUGCAUGUGGUAUCAAGUUAUUGAACUUUCAAAGAAGAUAAUAACCUUUUCGCACAUAUAAUGCUAAUUUCUAUUCUCAAUUAGUGCGAUUGUGUGAAUGUAUAUGAAUAAUGAAUUAAUUUUCAUAAUAAAUCAUCCCUUUGAAUAGGGAUGGACUCGGGCCAGGCAUGACCGGG